AUGGCCAGGCGGGUCCAGGACGAGCUGGCUGCCUUCUUCUUCGAGUACGACACCCCCCGAAUGGUGCUGGUUCGCAACAAGAAGGUGGGCGUCAUCUUCCGGCUGACCCAGCUCGUCGUCCUGGUCUACGUCGUGGGGGAGAGAGGAGUUGCCCGCUCAGGCCAGGCCCGCCCCUCACCUGCUCCCCGCUUCUGUAUCGAGAUCUGCAUCUGUGAGCAGCCCCAGGGCCCGCCUGACCACAGGAAGGACACCCACUUGUACUUGCCUGUUCCACCCUCUACUGGCCCUUCCUUCCAGGGGGACAGCUCCUUUGUGGUCAUGACCAAUUUCAUCAUGACUCCCGGGCAGGUUCAAGGCUACUGUGCAGAGCACCCGGAAGGGGGCACAUGCAAAGACGACAGCAGCUGCAGACCCGGGAAGGCCGAAAGGAAGGCCCAGGGCAUCCGCACGGGCAAGUGUGUGGCCUUCAACAGCACCAUGCACACCUGCGAGAUCUUCAGCUGGUGUCCUGUGGAGGUGGACGACCAAGUGCCACGCCCCGCGCUUCUCCGGGAGGCUGAGAACUUCACCCUCUUCAUCAAGAACAGCAUCAGCUUUCCACGCUUCAAGGUCAACAGGCGCAACCUGGUGGAGGAAGUGGACGCUGCCUACAUGAAACGCUGCCUCCACCACAAGACCACCCACCCGCUGUGCCCCGUCUUCAAGCUCGGCUACGUGGUGCAAGAGUCCGGCCAGAAUUUCGACUCCCUGGCCGAGAAGGGCGGGGUGGUCGGCAUCACCAUCGACUGGGACUGUGACUUGGACUGGCACGUGCAGCACUGCAAGCCGGUCUACGAGUUCCACGGGCUGUAUGAGGAGAAGAAUCUGUCCCCAGGUUUCAACUUCAGGUUUGCUAAGUACUUCAUGGAAAACGGGACCAACCAGCGCCACCUCUUCAAGGUGUUUGGGAUCCGCUUUGACAUCCUGGUGAAGGGCAAGGCCGGGAAGUUUGACAUCAUCCCCACCAUGACCACCAUUGGCUCUGGUAUUGGCAUCUUCGGGGUGGCAACAGUUCUCUGUGACUUACUGCUGCUUCAUAUCCUGCCCAAGAGGCACUACUACAAGCAGAAGAAGUUCAAGCACGCAGAAGACAUGAGGUCAGGGGAGGGAGAGCGAGACCUGGCAGCCACCAGCUCCAUCCUGGACCUGCAGGAGAACAUGAAGACGUCCUGAACCCCAGCCCCUGACUCCCGUCUGG